GCUUGGUCUUUCUUCAGCGAGAGAGUGAGAGCGCACGCAGCACAAGAGCUCGGCAAGCAGGCGCUGCUCGUCUCUCAACUUUCCCAGGGAGGAAGAGCAGAAGAAACUUCGCGGUCUGUUUGCAGCCAGCGAUGCUCCUGUGAUCAGAGCACCUGGAUAUGGGAGGAAGGAGGAAGAGGACCAGAGAGAGCGCAAGUGAGUUGGAUGCUAUAGAUUGUCGCUAUGGAUAGGAGGGAACGGUGCUGCGAUUUAGCAGUUCGCUAGCAGCAGUUUUCCUGCACGGCUGAAGGCACAGAUGUUCCUGUUGGCAGAAUCCCAGUAUAGAAGCAAUGCUGGGAAGUGAGCCUCAGCUUCUGUUUCCCCGAUCAUCCUGUGCCACUUCUGGGCCAGGCACCAAUGGGGGUUUCUGAUCUGUAGACCCUCAGCAUCCAGCAAAAGUGAGGAAGUGGACUGUGCAUCCCAUUUGGACCUACCUUCUCAAUGACUGUGGCCACCAUGGGUAGCCAUGAAGGCUACACAGUCCAAGCCACCGCUGCCAUCGCUGCGGUCAUCACCUUCCUCAUCCUCUUCACCAUCUUCGGCAACAUCCUGGUGAUAAUCGCCGUGCUGACCAGCAGAUCUCUGAGGGCCCCACAGAACCUCUUCCUGGUAUCUCUGGCGGCUGCAGACAUAUUGGUGGCGACCCUCAUCAUCCCCUUCUCCCUUGCCAAUGAACUGAUGGGCUAUUGGUACUUUGGCAGAACCUGGUGCAAGGCCUAUUUGGCACUGGAUGUUCUCUUCUGUACUGCCUCCAUCGUGCAUCUCUGUGCCAUCAGUCUGGACCGUUACUGGUCCGUCAGCCGGGCCAUCGAGUACAAUUCCAAGAGGACGCCGAGGAGGAUUAAGUGCACCAUUCUUGUUGUGUGGUUAAUUGCCGCCGUCAUCUCUCUGCCUCCGCUGGUCGUCAAUGAAAACCCAAACAAUGCAAAAGAAGAAGAAAAGAAAUGUGAACUGAAUGAGGAACCGUGGUAUAUCCUUUCCUCCAGCACCUGUUCCUUUUUUGCUCCCUGUCUUAUUAUGAUCUUGGUGUACCUCAGGAUCUACUUCAUUGCCAAGCGUCGAAGCAGGCAGGGGUCUAGAGCAAAGAAGCCGAAGGAAAAAGCUGAUGAAGGGCUUCCUCAAAUAAUCACUGGCCCAUCCAAUGAAAUAUCUCCCAAGCAGAACCAGCCAGAAAAGGAACUCAAUGGGCAUCAGUUGGCUAUCCAAGAAGGGGACCAAUCAGAUGCCCAUAUUCUCUCUACCAAAAGGAUUUCUCUCAUGAACCAGGAGGAAAAGCUUCCCCAGUCAGCUACUGCCACCAGCCCUUCUGAGCCCCAGUCAGAGAAGAAACCAUCUUCAGGAUCCAGUCAGGUGCAAUGCUCCCUUCAUAACAGCGUGAAGCAGAGCAAUGGUACCCCACAGAGCUCGCCAAAGGGCAUGGACACCUUGGCCACAGCCGGAGGGGAGGUUGUUCUGGUGAGGAGAGUCCUCAGCACCAACCCUUGGAAGAGGAAGACACACCUGAACCGAGAGAAGAGGUUUACUUUUGUUCUUGCUGUAGUGAUUGGAGUCUUUGUCAUUUGUUGGUUCCCUUUCUUCUUCUUGUACAGCCUCAGAGCCAUCUGCCCUGAGAAACACUGUCAAAUCCCAGAAAGCACAUUCACAUUUUUCUUCUGGAUUGGCUACUGCAAUAGCUCCUUAAACCCUGUCAUAUACACCAUUUUCAAUCAGGACUUUCGCAAGGCGUUCCGGAAGAUUCUUUGCAGGCAGUGGACUCAGACUGCCUGGUGAGACUCUGAGACAGAAAGAGACACCAAGGAAAGUUAGAGGGGCUUGAAGGACCUUAUCAUGCUAUUUAAACAAUCUAUUUAUUUGUUGGCUUUUGUGUUUGCUGAAAGGGGAGUGAGGUGAGUGUUUCCAGACAGUUCAUUUUGGUUCAGCUGUAAAAUAUGUGUGUGUGUGUAAAUAUGCAUACAUAUUUUCUGUCAAAAGACCCCCUCCCCUUCAAACAAAAGACUAUGUGCCAAUGCCAAAAAUUUUCUAGGUUGUUUGAUAGAUCAAAUUUACUUUUUUUCCUGGAAACCCUGUGGCCAAAUGAAAGUGUGAUCAAGGGCUCCAACUUUUCCAGUAGCCCAUCUCCUGGGCCAUUAGGAACAGCAUGACGUGCAGAUAGAUGUUAGCAGAUGGUAAUAUUUCUCUUUAUACUGUGAAAAAGUGUCCCAUGCUGAUUCCUAAAUACCAAGCUGCAGUUUAAAGGCACAAGAGCUGGGAAGGCUGUUCUUCAGCGGCCAUUUGGCAUUCCUCAUGUGAACUGCCAUUACAGGCAAGUCACACACACACACACACACAACACACAACACACAACACACACACACACACACACACACACACACACCCCAUCUGUCUGAACUGAGGCCUAAAGCCCAGCCACUGUGGAAUACUGCUAUAUCUGUCAGUGAGAACUAUACCAAGCACCUAACAUUAUUUGGUGAAGGUUCUGUGCUAGGAUUGCCAAACGGCUGGUGGGGGCGGGGAGCCUGGCCUGGCUUUAUGCCUCUUAAAAGCAGCUGGAUCAGCAGAAAUCAGAAGGUGAAGCUUCCCAAGGUGGAGUUAAUCACCACUCCCUGCUAUCUGCACGCACAUUGAAUGGCUGCUAGAUUCAGGGUCUGGCGCACGUGUUUGGUGCUCCACUACAUCCAGAGGUCAGUGGGAUUUUUCAAGGACGAGGAGAGGUUUGACUCGGUGUUAAACUUUUGCUAUUGUGCACGCCUUGUUACCUCCAACUAUUGGCAGCUCUCUCUCUCUCUCUCUCUCUCUCUCUCUCUGAUGUGCUAGGUUUGUGACAUUUUAAAACUAGCCCUGCUCCUGUGCCUUUGAGCUGAUUAGGAGAAGGUUGACCCACCCCUUUCCCUCCAUACUAAGGCAAGCUUUAGCUGCUCAAUAUGGCCAGAGACAGGCUAUUGUUAGAUAAGGAGCAGAACUGGCAAAAAGAUGGUGCUUCUGUGACAGCAACUCUUGAUUUGUGAGGUGGCCCAUUUCUUUGCUCCUGGAGUUUUGGCAGGUCAGAUCUGGAACCUGGCAAAAGGCCCAAGUAUCUAGCUAAGGGCACUUUUACACAUGCAGAAUAAUGCACUUUCAGUCCAUUUCCAACGCGCUUUGCAGCUGUGCGGAAUAGAAAAAUCCACUGGCAAACAAUUGUGAAAGUGGAUUGAAAGUGCAUUAUUCUGCAUAUGCGGAAGUGCCCUAAGAGUUACACAUAACUCUGAAUGUCAAAAGAAAAGAUCUUGGUGCUCUUGAUGCCUCUGACCAUUCAAGGUUGCUCACUGAUCAGGAGAAAACAUGAUCUUGGGCAUGUUGUGAAAGUAAAGGUUUUUACAGCAUAGAGCAAACAGUGAUCACCUUUUCAGUUCUGCUUGUAAAAGCUGCUGUUAGGCUCAGCUAAAGGGGCUGGUGGAAAAAUCAGCUGCCUUACUAUUAUUUACAAGAUGAGCCACGUGUCCUAGAAGGUUUUUUUUUGUAAGGAGUGGGCUGGGAGUGGCAUGUGGGAAACAGAUCAGAUGCAAGAGGGAAAGGUGUUUUUGCGUGGGUGGGUGGUGUCUUUGUGAGAAGGGUAUAUGGUUGCCAACUAGCUUGGAGAGAUAAUGUCCCUCCCCUUUAACAGAAAAUGAAUAGGAUGUAAAUUACUAAAUGAUGUUAUUUACCUCCAAGCCAUGGAAAACUUCAAUGGCCCAUUUCCACACAUUAAGCCUCUGUUCAUGGGACAAGACACCUUUCCUCCUGGUCGUUGGCAAUCUUGCUAGCAUUAUGAACAGGUUUCCCAUUUCAAUUUUCAGUUGAAAGAAACUGGACUUUAUGCUUACUUUGGGGUUGAGCUCUCGAGAAUGUUUAAAUUUUAAUGAAAACCGAGCAGUUUUAAAACUCAGCGGGGCCUGCCCUCUGACUUAAAAGCCCUUUUUUCGUCUAGUGUGGGUAUUUUUUUCCCUCCCUGCGCUUCUCUGAAUUUCAACAGGUAGUGAUGUUUGUAGGAUGGGAAUUCAGAAAAGCACUGCGAGAAAAUCAGAUAUUUCCCCUAGGGUUGCCAAUGUUGUUUUAACUAACCCUGUUCUGGUUCCUCUAACAGCACAAAAUUUAAGUAGAUAAAGGUAAUUCUGAUACGGAGGUAAAAGAAGUGAAGAUAAAACAGAGCGGAAAGUUCCUUUUAUAUACCAGUCUGCAUUCAAAGGCAUGGAGCAGCUAUAAUAAAAAGAGACAAAGAUCUUAUCUGCAUUUUAGGGUUACCAACUUUUCUUCUGAAACUGCUUCCCUGUCUUUAACAGCUGUAUGGCGGGCAGAAAUUCAGCAGGCAAAGCUUUCUCUGCAGAACCUGCAGAAUUUCUGCCUAUUCAAGGCACUAGUAACAAAAAGGUGACUGGACUUGUGAGCAGAGCCAUUCCUUGGAAAUCGCAGUAUUUGAGAUUUGUGGAGAACGUUUUUAAUUAGUUCAAACUGACAAUGGAAAAAUACAAAGAAAAAUGGGGAAAGGAGGAUGCUCCCCCCCCCCUUCCUACUUUUUCGUUUUAUGCCUCUUUUGGGAAAAUUUCUUCAAAGGCUCUCGCCCCCUGAACGUCAGAAUAUAUUAAUUUGCUUUCUGUUUCUCCCGGAAACAUGUCCUUCUGAAUUCACACUGGUUCUGUUUCAUGAGCUCCCUCCACGCCCUACUUCUGCCCCCGAGUCCCAAGAUAUUUCACAAACAUCUUCGUUUUUCCCCUCCAGAAAUAAAUGUAACAUUUGAUUCUA